AUGAAUAUAACAGAUAUCUUGUCAAAAAUUCACGAACUGCGACCAGAAGAAAGGAUCCAAUUAUUCGAAUUGAUCGGAAUUACCAAUGAAGAUGAUUUACGACAGUACCUUGUUGGUGGAUAUUUAUCCCCACGCGAUGAGCAAGCGUUUCUUAAUUAUCAGGAAUAUAGAAUUCAUAAAACACUUUUAAUUUACAUUCCACCCAUAUUACUUAUCCUUGGGACUUUUGGGAACAUAUUUGCAUUCCUUGUACUUCGACACAAAGCUAUGUCUCGCCUCUCAACAUAUCUUUUUCUUGCAGUUCUGUCCGUGGCAGACUCACUGGUUCUUGGGAUAGGAUUAUUACGAUUGUGGGUAGGAGAGUUAUCUAAUUUUGAUAUAAGGGACCAAGCAGACUGGCUUUGUAAAUGUAUAAUCACGCUUGGUUACGUAUGGAGUGAUUUCUCAGUGUGGCUGAUAGUUGCAGUUACCCUAGAGAGGUAUAUCGUAGUUGCCUAUCCUUUAAAAGCUCAAAGAUUGUGCAGUGUUCAAAAAGCGAAAAAAACUAUAUUUGCAUUGUUGAUCACGUUUGUUGCGAUAAACAUGCAUUUCUUUUGGACGGUGGGUUUACAUCAGUCAGUAAACGGUGGGGAAAUGAAAUGCGAUAGUUCUCCAGAUCAUGCAUAUCUUGUGAACGUUGUUUGGCCAUGGAUAGAUGCCUUACUGUACAGUUUUGUGCCUUUCGUUUUGAUCCUGAUUUUCAACAUUUUAAUAAUUUUCAGGAUAUUUAGAGCGACUACUGGUAGAGAAUAUUUACAGAACCGCGGGAAGAACAUACGUCGUUUUAAUUUGGAAGGAAAUUCGCGAUUAACUAUAAUGUUGCUAACUGUUUCGUUCACGUUUCUGGUAACAACUCUACCCAUGAAUAUCGGGAUCAUUGGCUCUUUUUUCUGGAAUAAACGGUCGCACAACGUUGCGGAAAUGUCAAAGUUACGACUCUUUGUAACAGUAGCAGAACUUCUUAUGUAUCUUAACCAUUCUAUCAACUUUUUUCUAUAUUGUGCAACAGGACAAAAAUUCAGAAACGAGAUCGUCAAAAUGGUAUGCGUACGGUUUGGUCACAUUCCUACGCCCGAUCAUAGUCAACACCUAUAUUGCUCGCGUGGCUGCUCAGUUAGUGGUAAUAAUAAUAUCAUACGAAAGAGUGUUGCCGAGACGGAGGUAUGAACAUGUUACAUAAAUCUUGCUAUAGAAAUGGGUUUUAACGUCCUACUGUUCUGCCCUGACUGGGCAAAUGAAGACGGACAUACGACAUACGGUGUGCUAUGAGGGAAUUUUUGCACGGAUAUCGUCACCACGGCCUACUCUUAUAUCGAAUUACAACUGCCAUGGGUUCCUUACGUACACUCCGAUGUGUACAUGGGACCUCGUUUUUUUUGUCAUAUCGGAACGACUAUAGUUUAACCCUUGUCGGGCCCUCUGUCCUGCACCACUGACAAGGGGGAAACCACGCCGGAAAAUCCAGAUGAACUUUCUCGGCCAACGCCAACAUCUUACUUGCUGUAGACUUUGAACUGUAAUUCU